UGGUUAGAAAGAUCAAAAUGAGAUAUUUUAAGGUAGAGGGGUAGAGAAGAGAAGAUGAGAAAUCAAAAAAAAAGCCACAAGAGCAUUUGAAACCGUCCCUCUGAGCCCUCUUUGCACUAGGAGUUCGGUUUAAAUAGCAUUGAUAAACAGAUAAAAGAGAAAGCGAGUAAUUAUCAUAAGCCAAAGAGGAGGCUGAUCCAAAGCCAUGAUUCUCAAAGAAGGCAGAAAUCAGUAAAUUUAGUGCCUGCAAAGAAAAUCUCCCUUGUACAAAUCCCUCAGCCCGAAAAUACCCCAGCUGUAGAAAUAGAACAAGAGGAACCUAAGAAAAAUAAGACAUUCUAUGGUUCUUCUGACCCUGUGAUUUCCAGAGCGUUGUAUUUAGCCCAUAAUCCUCCAAAAGUUCUCUACAACCAAGCAAAGCUGGGGGAUUUGAUGAAGACAGAUAAAAUCGAAGACAUUUGUCAAUACAAAUCACCGUUAAAGAACUCAAAAUCGGAGUUUGAUCAGAAGAUGAGUAUUCCUGUUAAGAAUCAAACAAGUCUUUUCAAUAUCUUCAAUAUGGAAAAGGACUUGCUUAACACCCCGGAGAUGAUCCUUAAGAACAAAAAUAAGUCCCUGAAGCCUUCAAAUGGGCUACCUAAUGAGAACUCAAGAGUGAGAAGAGAUUAUAGUAAUGAUAUGGUCAAUGAUUACUUUGAGGAUACCAAAGGUCUGGCUUUCUUUAUGAAGCUCAGACAAAAGCAAACUAAAACUCAUAAAAAUCAGGAAAGUUCCUUAAGAGGGUCAUUUGCACACUCUGCAGCAAUGGGUAGUUCUCCAUCCACAAGGCCAGCCACUACACACUCUUAUUCUCUUCCAAAGCCAAUCCGGAGUAUGCGUGAGGUAUAUAAGAACCGCAAGAAUAACAAGGGAAGACGUUUGAUGAAGAACCAGUGGUUAAAAUAGACCUCAAAUAUGCCAUAGAUUUGCUAAAAAUAGC